AAUAUUACAAGACCUAAAGUUGUUAACUUGUAAGCCGUAAGCCCUACACAAAUUGACUCUCCCAUUCAAAAAUGAUCACACUUGCGAGACGAAUCCAAACCCAGGCACUAUGUCCUUGUAUACACCUUCAACAACAGCUCCGACUCGCCGGAACAGACUCCGGGCAAUCUCGCAACCGCCGUCGUCCCAGACUCCCGUCUGCAACAAUGAAGAAAAUCGAUGAGAAAUCCGAGUGGUGGAUUGUCGACGGUGAAAUGCACGAGAUCGGUGAAAACGUUCCUUUAAGGGAAAGAUUUGUAAUUCCCAGAAAUAAUAUACCUAAUAGACGUCGCAAGCAGCUUCGUGAACAAUUCAUGCGUCGUACUCGUCUUGUUAUUAAAGAUUCAGAACAUGAAUCUUUCUGUAAAAAGUACAUGCAACUGUACAAUGAGCUCAGAGAGAACUGGGAGAGGCUUUACUGGGAUGAAGGAUAUUCGAAAAAGCUUGCUGCUGUACAUGCAAACUAUGACUCUCCUGAAGAUGACGAUGAGGACUUUUCACCAUACAGGAGAGGCGGAUCACAUUCUGGGCUAUUUCAGGAACCAAAUUCAACUGGGAACACAAAAGCUGAAACUUGGGAAAAAGUACACCAGAUUCGUGAUAAAUUUGAAUAUGAUAGAGAAAUGAGGAUGCGAGACAAAGCUUUUGCACCGAUGAACAUGGGAAACUCUGCUGAUGACCAUAGACCAGUCUCUAGGAAUCAACCCUUUGAUCCAGACCGAUACUUUUCAGGAGAAGAGGAUGAUUAAUAUGAUAUAUGGUAUUACUUAUGUUCAGUCCAUGAACCAUGUAUUUCGAGUUGAGGAGAUUAGGGUAAAAUCUCUCACUUGGCGUGGACCAAUAUCAAGUCGCCCUUCCCUCUCAGGUCUCAACCAACCGUGUAGAACUUUUACUAAUAGUGGUCGAGGAAGAGAAGCUCGGAGUCUUUACCGACAUCCAAACCUUUGAUAGUUCAUGCUUCUUAUGAGUGAAAAUCCAGUUUCUCAAAUGUUCUAUAUGUUGUGCUAUAUUUUUUGGCUUGAAAAUAAUGUUGAUUCAUUGUAUUUAUGAGAUCCACAGUAGAAGUAACUUUUUGGAAUACAGUGUGUAUGUUAAGAAAUUUUUUUCUUAAUUCCUAUCAAUUUGCGAUAAACGGAUGCUAUAUCGGCAAUGUUUGCAUUUUAGAAUGUUCCAUGUCCAAGAUUUUUUCCGAGAGUUAGGGGAGAGGAGGAAUUAAUCUUCUUGUAGAUGUUGAAAAUCGAACUAUUCCUAUCAUAAGAAUGAAAGAAAAAAUCUUCAACUUUUAGGUUGACCCAUAAUUCUCAAUACAUCUAUAUUGUUAAGUUACUAUGUAGCCCCACCUCCUCGAUUCUUCCGUUACUGAUGUCACAAACCAAAUAUAGGAAACCGGUAGAGAUAGAGGGAGUAAGAUAUACAAUUGCAUUCGCAUCAACUUACGUUUUCAUGAAAACGACACAAGCACAAAAGUUGGAACGAUCAGUAGAAGGUAGAAGCCAGAGACUGUAAACGAAAUAAGACGCAUAAACCAAACUAUAACCCUAAUAAACAACAUCAUCAAACCAUAACAAUAACCAUACUAAUGCAGAAAAAGAAAGAAAACUCGAAUUCAUGUUACGCAUAAACUCUUAAAAUUUUCAUAUAAACACCACUCGAUCAGCAGUCAGCAACCAUGUCUAGGCCACACAACUUAGGAAGUUGAGUACAACGAUCAGGAUCAACCCCAGCCAGUCGCAACAAAUCUCCCUUGUUAACCUUGUAAUCACACAGACAUUGAAUAUCAUCUUGUUUCAGACUCUGCACCAUCGUGCAACACACGGCUGUUGGGUUUUCGGGAUUUGUUAGAGCAACGGCAGGUUUGCACUUCAUUAGGUUGUCGAUCAUGUUAGCUUCAAGGCUGCAAUCACCAUGGGAAAGUCUCCAAACCGAUACAAUGAUUACUAGAAAUGACAUUAACUUGCUUAUUGCCAUGAUGUUAGUAAGGUUGCUAGCUAAGUGUAUUUGCAAAAUAGGUUUGAUUUGUUUGGUAAGAUGGCGUAGCAUAUGUGGGUCUAUAUAUAGUAGAAAAAAGCAAGCAAAAGCUUAAAGGAAAAAGAAAAUGGAAUGAGAGGAUAAAAUGAUAGCUAUUAGUUAGAUCCCGUGACUGGAAAUUGGCAGGACAUGACAUGGUACUUCGGAAACAAUUAUAGCAUAAAACUUGUCCGACACUUCUUGAUCCUCGUACAGGGUAUGAGGGGAGGGAAGACUAGGAGAUAGGAGCAACUAUAAUCAAAUUCGAGACCUUAUAUCGUAUUUGGAUGAUUGGUAAAUUUUUUAUAAUUUUAUAAUGGAAAGUAAGGCUUGCCAUUCGUGGGAGGAUUAAAUAAUCUAUUUUUUUUGCAAAAAAUUACGACCCAAACAUUUGCAAAAUACUACUAUUUGAUAGAAACUGUCAAUUGACCGUUAAGUGAGCUUUGACCAAGCACAUGAUGCCACUAAUUUAACCUUAAGACAUGGGGAAACUAUUACCUUCAUGAGAGAAAAAUAGUGAUGGUUCAAUUAGUUGCAUCACGGGCCAAACAUGUAAUUGGUCAAGCCUCCACUUAACGGUAAACUGACGGUUUCUUUCAAAUGGUAGUGUUUUUGUAAACAUUUGGGUUAUAUAAGGUAAUUUUUUGUAAAACAUGUGUUAUAGAUUAGGCUGUUUUUUGUAACUUUUUCUUUUUAUUUAAAAGUAAGAUUAGGUUAUUUACAUAUACCUUCUCAUAAAUGCAGCUUAGAUGAAAGUCAUUUAAUUAUAACAAAGUGUUAUACCGUUUCAUUGUUAUAUAAAAAUAAGGCAAACAAUUCAAAUGUCAUUAUUUUUCAAGCGACCGAAUACAAGGAAAGAGUUACAUUUUCAAUUUCCAUCAAUAGUACAAAACUACAACACAUACACCAGUUAACAAACACGAGCACAAACAUCAACCAUAAUAAUGCAGAAAAAUCAAAGAAACAAACAAA